GCCGAGCAACGGUAAUAUAGAAACACAGUGAAGUAGAGACAACCAGCAGCAACCUGUACAGCAUGAGCCGAGCCAAGCCCGGUCCCGGGCAGGCCGGGACUCGAGCCUCUCUCUCUAAGUCUCGGGUUGAGAAGUCUCGCUCAGCGACGGCAGCACCAGUGCCACCAGUUAUUGUAGAGAUUGUGCCAGGUCAGCUUACUGAAGAGGACUGGGUGUCCAUAGUGAUCCAGGAGGAUGACGAAGAUCUGGGGGCAGAGAUUUUGGAGGCCUUGCAGAGCCAAGUUAUGGAGGAGUGUUGUAAAGUGUAUGUUACUUGCCAGGAGAUCCCCUACACCUCCAGCCAAGCUUCAGACAUAAUGACCCUUAUCAUCCAGUGGGCAUUCAUUUCUAGAGAUGAGGGGGAGCUUGAGUUGGCUGCGGAGAGCACCUGGCAGGAUGAGGAGGAACCUUUGCCAUCUCUCUAUGAAUCCUGGCAUACUGGCUGCCCAACGUCUCCCCGAUGGGACCUUACACUCUGUCAGCGACAAAAUAUGACAUCAACCUGGCAUUCAGCAAGCAAUCUCCUGCAGGACGAUUUAGAGGAAACCAUUUCCCAAAAAGAAGAGCAUGAAUUUGAGCCAAGAGAAGCCAUAACUAAAGCCCAACUUACCUGUCCUACUCCCCAGCCAGAUGCACCAUCCACUCACGAACAGAAGAAUGAAGCCAAAGAGAUCCAUGAUGUGACCCCUAUGUACCAAACUUCUCAAACCACAGUUCAGUUAGUUCCUUCUCAGAACAUUCCCAGGAGGCGAUAUCAGCCACAUACUGGACCCUUACGUUCUGCUGGGCUGAAGAACAUUACCAAGUCCUUAGCAGACACAGAAAAGGAUAUCUUCAUGGAGCAGCAGCUCAAGGUGAUAGAGAAGGAAAAUAAAGAUGGCAACUUUAGCUUAAUACCCCCCUCCCUGCAUAAUAUCCUAAAGAUCCAGAAGGGCCGACCACCACAGAAGAAUGUUGUUGUGUAUGAUGAAUUUGGCAAUAUCCUUUCUGUGCCAAAGCUGGACCCCUCUAUUCUAUCCCAUCACCGCAUAUUUCCUCAGGUAGAAGUGCUGAAUCCUAUUAAUGCAGAGAGCAAAGUAAAGAAGGCCCCCCAUGUAGUUAAGCCAGCAGCCAUCAGUCGGCCAAAACUGAAGAGGAGGCCAAAUGUAGACACUGCUGGCCUCCCUUCUUUGGACUUCCAGAAGCAAACACCAGGUGAUAAUUUAUCUGAACCUUUCACUAGUUUCACAGCAGUUGAAGAAACCAUACUACCAAUUUCAUCUGCAAUAGGCAUUAACCUGGAUUCCAUGCAGCUGAACUCCGGAGUGAUACUGAAAAUGAGCAAUCACCCAGUGAGCAAAUCGUUAUCAAGCUUCCACCAAAGAGAAAAAGGGCAGAGAGAGGAGACAGGGGAGCUAAAGCCCAUACAGGAUAUAGAACCCUUGCCAAGCAUCAAAGUGAGCCAGCUGAUCAGGAAUAAUGUGCCACAAGUGUGCCCCAUUUCACGUCACCAUUACCAAAUGUUGUCAGCUGGCUUUCCUUAAAGGGACACUGGACCCAAAUUCUUUUCUUUUGUGAUUCAGAUAGAGCAGCAAUUUUAAGCAACUUUCUGAUUUACUCCUAUUAUCACAUUUUCUUCAUUCUCUUGGAAUCUUUAUUUGAAAAGCAAGACUAAUUUUAGAUGCCGGACGAUUUUUGGUGAACAACCUGGGUUUUUCUUGCUGAUUGGUGGAUACAUUUACCCACCAAUAAACAACUGCUGUCCAGGGUUCAUAACCAAAAAUUGUCUGGCUCCUUAGAUGCC